CGGUUCUGUUCUCCCGCUAAUGAUGAAUCCAUUAAUUAGACGGAGCCUUCCUCCAUCUGUGAGGUGUCUUCUGACAGAUAUUAGUCCAAAAGAGGAGCAGUGGACAGAAACGGAGACCACAAAGGACGGGAUUAUGUUGCCGUCUAGAGGAGCCGGAUCUGGACAAGAGGAGUUUCUUUCUCCGGCAAAGACUGAAGAGGAGAAAACUGCAGAGGAUGGGACUAUUAGCAGGAAGAGUGCAGCAGUGUGCAUGCUGUGUAAAUGCAAACCCUCUAACUACACCUGUCCCCGGUGCAACCUUCACUACUGUGGUUUGGCUUGCUACCAAAGUCCAGAUCACUCUGUGUGCUCAGAGGAGUUUUACAAGGAGUCUGUUCUGCGGGAGUUGAAGGAAAUGGGGAAAACAGAGACAGAGGGCAGAAAGAAAAUGCAAGAAAUUCUGCUGGGACUCAGGCAAAAAGCAGAAAUGACACACGUGGGGAUGGAGAGUUUGUUAAAAGAAGCAGGCGUUGUGGGAGAUGACACAGAUGAUGGGGGAGGAGAUGCAACACAGAAGGUGGAAGCUUUGGAGCUCCUGUCCAGAUUAGCAGAGCUUCAACAGUCUGGAGAUGAAAACAUAACGGAGGUUGAAGCUAUUUUGAGGAAACUUGAGGAGAUUGGAGGAGGGGAGUCGCUGCCUGGAGCCACUGGCGAGGAUGAUGAAAGUGCAGAAGGAGAGCUGGACUUGGCCGAGCGAUUGUCAGGACUGGAUAUUGAUGAACUUUCAGAGGAGGAACUGUGGGAACUUCUCAGCAGUAAAGAGCAAGAGAGGUUUGUGAAUCUAAUGAAAGGUGGAGCUCUUGGAGAGUUUGUUCCCCUGUGGAAGCCCUGGUGGGAAGAGCAUGAGGAGGAUGAAAGAGCACUUGUGGAAGUGCUCGAGGAAAAAGUGAGCAAGCUGGAGAGUGGAGAUACAUCAGUUAUGAGUGGGGAUGAUGAUCAAGUCAAGAUUUCACAUGAAAAGGGCCAAAGCCAGGGCAAGUCGGGUGUGAAAGUAAACAAGAUUAAAGGACGAACCAGGAAGGAAAUGAAGAGUAAAGGGAGCUCAUCUAUGCAAAAAAUACAUCCGAUUUCUACAAAAAUUCCAAAAUUGAGUUCCUUAUGUUCAAAUCCGUCUUCUUUGGUUUGCUAUGGCUUGGUCAAUGCCCUUUAUGGCUAUGCAUUUUCCUUGAACCUGUUUAAUGGAGACACUGAUUCACUGAUAUUUGAGUUCUGUGACAUGACACUUGCUCUGUCUGAGGCGCUGAACUCAAACAAGGUGUUUAACUCGGUUCAAGAAGCCUUAGACUGUGGAGAAUCUCUCGUUAGCCAUAGAGGUUACCUCGACAGAGAGGAUCCUCUUGCUCCAGCCAGGGCAGUGGAAGCUGUGGCCCAUAUAAUGACCGGCAGAAAAAGGCAGGAUGCUACAGGAUACUGCUUGGCAGCUUUGAGUCAACUGCGCAGUGCUCUUUCUACGGCCAGAACAAACCUAUCUAAAGAGGGAGGUGAAGGGACGAUGAGGCGGAAGUACUUCCUGGCGAGCAAGAAGUGUGAAUUCUUUCAAGCCUGGGUGUUGGAUAACACACAGCAGAUUCGUAGUCUUGCUAUUGAAUUGUGGGAUGAACACAGCAAAAGAGAGAGGGCCAGGAACAGCAUGGAGAAAGUCAAGACUGUAGUUAAAGCAAGUUUAAAGAAAGAGAAAGGAGAAGGCAAUCCUAAACUGAUUGAAGAACUUGGAUUAUAA